CUUCAAACAGUCGAAAGCGUUGAACGCAUGCGUGUAGAUUUUCGGUCCAUCUCUCUCAUCUUCUCAGUGCGUACGAAUGUUUCCUGCGAAGUGUGCGUACAAAUCCGGGGGGAUAACGUCGUUCGUGAGGUGCAUCCAAGGAUCUUUGUAAGGAUAUUCGAGAAAACCUUCAGCUUACAGAAUUUCACCAAUUGUGUUUAGAUUUGUAUUGGUGUUUGUGUAGAAGUGCGUGGCGUGUUCAACCGAAUUGUUGGUGGUGCAAAAUCAAUAAUUUUUGAAGAUUCUAUUGCCUCAAGUGGAUCGUUUUUGGAAAAUCACGAGACAAUCUACUUCAAAGGCGUUUGAGAGUGAAAGUGACAAAACUGCGGCUUCCUACACCACAACGGAAAACCUACUGACUUGACAAGAAAAUCGAUAAGUGACCGGUUUUGUGGCGAGGACGUCUAAAACGAAUGUCAUCUUGCGAGGGCACUUCUUGAAAAAGUGCUGCUUAUCUUGGAUCGGUCCCUACAGUCUCGCCGGGAUAAAUCGAUCAUUGCAGGACCGUACGAAACCGGCUCUCGGGUUAUAGCAGUGAAUUUCUCUUCUUUUCGGUGUGCUUUAAUUUCUUUUCUUGAAACAAUCGAGAUAAGCGAUCUUACUCCAACGAAGACGAAGACGACGACGACGAGGUUGUCGACAACCGUGCCUUCCGUAACCAACUCGGGACAAACGAUUCGAUACGGUGGGAGUGGAAAGUGAUACUCAAUGUGCGGCCGGUACGAUCUAUUGCAAAGCUAUCGGUACAACUUCAUCUAGCCUGCUAACGAUCGAUCCAUCCAUCCAUCGAUCCAUGGUUAUAGACAGCGUCGAGUUGUAUUGACAGUUCGGCUGAAUCAACAGCUGUGCCCGAGGCUCUCCAAUCAUAAAAUAAUCAGCUCAAGAGAGGCACAGAAACCCACUGCUUGACGUGAUGAUAUCAGUUUUGGGACUGUGAGAUUCAUUCAUAGGAAUUGUGGUUGCAAUCUGUCAAUGGUGAAUUGGUGAAGUAAGGCGAAGAAGAAAAAAAAACGCAGGACGUCACGACAGUUUUUUUUCUGAAACGCCGGCUAGGAAGAUUUUGAUUUGUCGAAAUCAGUUUUUGUGACCGUGGUGUAGUGCUAAAACGGUGACGUUGCAUUCAACGGAACACGGGGUACCCGGUGCGCGGACCCCGCUGGGAGUAGUACCGGUUAACAUCAGCCAGCCGCCGCUUCACAUGGGAGUUUGCACGGAGGAGCGCCCUGUAAUGCAUUGGCACCAGAGCGCUAGGUUUCUUGGUCCACCCCGCGAGCGAAGUCCCGAUCUUAGCAAUGCCUGUCAGAUAAACUCAAACAACAACAACAACAUCAACCACCGAACGUGCAUCUCGUGUACGGACACCUGUGAACAUAGUCUUAAGGCAAGUCAUGGAGGCGGAGGGAACCUUGGUGCCGGUCACCUUUACCACGAUAGCUGUCAUAGCUACGACUCGGCGCCGGAUCGACUGAUAGCCGACAGGCCCAACUACUAUACCGAUCUCAACCGAAGUGACUGCUCGGAUACCAGCAGUAGUGUGCUGAACAGUUGCAUCCAGCUCAAGUCGGAACCUCCGGGUGGUCCGAGCAGUCCUGAAUCUUCCAACGAGUUACCUCCCUCCGGUCUAGAAGAAUGCGCUGGCUGUGAUAUGCCGAUACAGGACCGUUUCUACCUGUCAGCUGUUGAGCGCAAGUGGCACGCUACCUGUCUACAGUGUUGCAUCUGCCGGCAAACGCUGGAAGGUGCGAACUCCUGCUUUUCACGGGAUGGCAAUAUCUACUGCAAAACAGACUACUACAGAGUGUUCGGUUCAAGGCGAUGCUCAAAAUGUCUGGCUUCAAUUAGUUCCUCCGAGUUAGUUAUGCGAGCUCGACACCUAGUUUUCCACAUACGAUGUUUCUGUUGUGCGAUCUGCAAUACCCUACUGAACAAGGGCGAUCACUUCACGAUACGAGACUCGGCGGUGCUUUGCAGAUCCCAUAUAGACAUCCCAAUGGACCCGGGAGCGCCUAUCCCGCUGGCAAUGCAGUGUCAGUACCCAAGCCAGUACGGCAACUCUCCCAGUGCACCGUUGAGUCCGAGCGAUUCGACCGGAAGUAGCAAGAUGCCGCCGGCUGGUUACUUCUCGCCUCACCAUGCCGUUAAUGCCCUGCCGCAGCAACCACGCCAAAAGGGACGACCCCGGAAGCGGAAACCGAAAGACAUCGAAGCGAUGACGGCUAGUUUAGAUCUUAACACCGAGUACCUUGAUUUGGGCUUCAGUCGAGGCCUGGGUUCGUCGUCACGAGCCAAACGAAUGCGGACGUCCUUCAAGCACCACCAGCUGCGUACCAUGAAGUCCUACUUCGCCAUCAAUCACAAUCCGGAUGCGAAGGACCUGAAGCAGCUGUCGCAAAAGACCGGCCUGCCGAAGCGAGUGUUGCAGGUUUGGUUCCAGAACGCACGCGCAAAAUGGCGCCGGAUGAUGAUGAAGCAGGAAGGCAAAAUCAUCGACUCGGACAAAGGUGACGGUUCGCUCGACCUGGAUGGGUACGUGUCCCACAGCCCCGGGUCGUACAUCAUGGGCGGCCCCGGCAGUCCAAACUCGCUGGACUAGUGCCUGACGACAGUCACGGUUCGGCGGAUGCUGCAGGAAUGCUCCAGUAACAUGCACCAGCAGCAGCAGCAUCAGCAGCAACGCCAUCACGACGACGUCCCACGGAAACCGCGGCACUAUGAAGCAGAGCGAAAUGGUGGCCACCGGUGCUAGCGAGAGCCGAUUCUUGAGCUGAGAAAUUUACAUAAACAAAUUUCUGCUUACGUUGAGAGCGUCUUGAGGAAUUCGAGGGAGGUUAAUUGAGCGAAAAAUAUAGCGACUGCCAAAAACAAAAAAAAAGAUCAACCGAAAACGGAAGUGAACCUGCGUUCGCGUUUAAGCACCUUGCUGAUUACCAUUUGAGCAAAGACAAUGAUGGUAUUAUAUUCAAAUUUCUGUUUUGCUACUGUUUUUACCUUAAGUUAGAUUCAGGCUUGAAUCAUAAAAGUUAGUGGAGAUUGCGUCUGAGCGAGCCCGAAAUCUCCUUCGGAAUGGUUGUUUCGUACAAAACUGGCCUGUGUAAGAUGUAAAAACGAAUUUAGUACCAGCAGCAGAUCGAGAGAAAGGGCUACAAGAAGCGAAAAAAAACCUCUUCCGCGAACGACGGAAUGGCCCAUCGAACGGGCGAAAGACCAGUGCCCGGGGAGUAAUAAUAAUGUAUGCACAUAUGAUUACCAGGUAUGCUGCAUACUUAUGAUUUUGUUAUGUUAAGUUUUAGCUUUUUUUCCAUUAUUUGCUACUUUUUUUCUCGAUUUGCCUCCGUCGUUACUCAUGCCUGCCUACGCUGUCCGACUUGCACGGUUCUGACGGGGUACCAUCUUGAAUGUGUGUUUCCUAUUUGUUGCGUGCGUUCCCCCGUCGAAGUCAGAUCAAACGUUCAUCUCCAGAGCACACUCACGAAACUGUUAGUUGGUGUUAUUUUGGUUUUACUCUGGACUCUGACAUCUUUCGUGUACACUAAUAGUUGAGAUUUUGAUCUUGAAGUUUAGAGUUUGUAAUAUGUCUAGAAACCUGCUAUACAGUAACCCUGUCAUUGAUGCCACUAUUCCAGUUCUAAUUCUUUGUAAUAUUUAUCCCCACUCCACGCGAAUGGCUUCAUAGUCUGCUGUUCCGCAUAGUUUUGACAACGGGCUCUAUCUUAACUGAUUUAACUUUAAAGCAUUUAAGGUUGCAAAAAAAAAAUAAAAAUUUUCAAAUUCACUGCAAUGAGUCGCAUCUUGAUGCAUCCCAAGGGCACUGCCCAUCGCCACGCCUGAGAACAGUAGGUACUUCAUUCCAUUCUGUCUGACUACUCUCAUCAAGUCUGACGUUCCAUUGUAAGCGCAUCAAGUAUCAAUGUUUCAGAUGUUCCUUCUUUCGAAACUCCCCGCCAGUCAGAGACCCGGUGGCUUUCGAUGAUUGAGCAAGUCAGACCAAAAAGGGCGGUGCACUGACAAACAGAUACUGAGACACACACAAACAUACCCAUACCAACUACAGCCACCAGCAGCUCCGGAUUACCGGAAUUGAUUGAAAGAUGAAAAGGUUGAAUCAUUGUCCGCAGCUGAACGCGAUGAGGCGGGGUACAGUCGGGAAUGCUAAAUACUGAACUGUGGCGGAUUUAUUCUGAGGUCAUAGCUCGCGGGGUUUCGACUUCUGUGCAUUCUCGCGAACCAAUGGGUAAUGGGUCUUUCUCUAGCCGACCGGCGCGACUCAAUGGUUCCCCGUCAUCGUUGACGGCAACCAUCCAUCCGUGACAUCUUAACGUCAGUUUGCUUCGUUCUGAAUUUACUGCAAAUAAAUAAAAAAAAUAAAAACGUCACCGUGCAGAACUUAUACUCACGAUUUUCGCAGAAAGCUUACAUGAAGCGCUCGGGUCGCCACGGGAUAUGGGCAUCGAUGCAUGGAUGAAUGAAUAUGCGAAUAUAUGUUGGCAUGUAGGCACUUGUGCGCCGUUGGCAGACGGAUAUGAAUAAGCAAUCGAUGGAAAAGCCAAAACGGCGACGCAUUGAACUGAAAUUGAAUUUCAAAUUUGAUGAAUGAGUGCGCUCCUGCAGCAAGGCUCGCCAGGAAAGUAACCAAACAUCGAUUUUGAAGGGUAAGAAUAAGAUAGUGCCCCAUAAAUUGUAUACGUACUAAAAGUAACAAGACAAUGUGAAAUACAAGCCUAGUUUAGGUAUAAUUUUUCUGUGUAGAUAUGCGAAAAAAUCUUACUUCUUACUGUUUAAUAAUCGAAACCCUUAGGAGAGUGACAGUUGUAUAGAAGAGAAUGUUUAAAUGUAAAUUGCAGAUCUCAAAACUAAUGGUUCAUACACUAUUCGAAUGGAGAGCUCAAAGACACUGACAGUAACUAUAAUUGACCUUUACCACAACAUGCAGAAAUAACUUUUCAGCGCGAAGACUUGGAACAUUUCGUCCAACGAAUAUAUACAUUUAUAUAUCAAUAGUGCUUUGGUGAGUCAUUGAGAUGCAAUGGAAUAACCAGGAACUUAAUUUUGCUAAGGAAGAAACUAGAAAUAACGAAAUGUUGUCGAUGGUGUAGCUUACUGAACAAAUGAGAUAUUAUCGUACUGUUUUCUGCUGCUCAAAGAGAUUUGAUCGUAGUAAAGGUAGUGUUACAAGAGAUGAGCAAAAUGACGUAAGUCAAGAAAUGAGGUAUUGCUUUAUUUACGAUGAAAAAGGGAGCAGUAAUAAUUGUACAGAAUGUAGAUCAAUUAGGUCACCAUAAUGAAAUUAAGAAGAAUCAAUCGACCGUAAUCGGUUCACGUUUAUUUAUAUAAAUUAAUUUACAAUAAAUAUUUCAAAAAAUA